AUGACCGUUAUUGGAAAUCCAGAAGCCGUUUGGACAAUUCAGAAACAUACGAAGAAACACAAAUCAAACAUACGAACAUUCGAGAAUAUUGGACUCGAUUAUCUGGGCACUGUUUCUAUUAAAACUGAAAGAAAUCUAACCAAAAGAUGGAUAGCUCUCUUUACAUGCUUUACAAGAGCCGUACAUCUAGAAGUGGCGGAUGAUUUAUUGGCCCAGAGUUUCGUGCACAUAUUAAGAAGAUUGCCAGCACCAAUGCAUCUUUUCGGCGCUUUCUCAUUGGUCAUCUGCGCUGUUUUUGUGGUCCAUGCUUGCAUAUCAUCAGGGACAGGAGAAGAUGGGGGAGGAGGAGGAGGAGGAGUAGGAGGAGGACCGCCAGGACCGCCAGGUCCGCCAGGGC